AGCUGCUCGAGAAUGUCUAAAGCAUCUGGAACAUCGCCUCUCAUGGCCCGUGCGCCGUUAGUGCAUCAAGCCCAGCCUGCUGACAUAAGCAACUCCCCGUGUUCGACGUUGUUCUUCACCUCCACGACCGACAGCGGCUGGUCACUGCUCAACGACCCGAUUUUCUCGCGCGAUCCCUCGCUCAAUACAACUGGCUACCCUGGAUAACGAAUUUACUGACAUGGCGCAACAACAGCAGCCUACAGUCAUACCUCAGGAGAUGAUGGCGGCUCAACAACAGCAGAUCCCUAACAUGCAGCAUCCACCUGUAAAUAUCAACUCUUACUAUCCAGAAGCUCCUGGAGGUGACCUUUCGGGUGGUCUUCCUAUCAAUCUUGACUCGCUGCGAGACGGGCCUCCUGGUAGCAAGCCGUUUUAUCCCUACUCGACGCUCAUUCGAUACGCGAUUAAGGGUGCACCAAACCAGAAACUGCUGUUGGAAGACAUCUACUAUGCUAUCGAGUCCAGAUUCCCGUACUUUCGAUCUGCUCCUCCGGGCUGGAAGAAUUCUGUCCGCCACAAUCUGUCGUUGAACCCUUGUUUCGAGAAGGUGCCUCGCCCGCUCACCGACCGCGGCAAAGGUUCAUAUUGGACUGUUAACGACAACGUUGACCCACGAACAGGCGUGCAUCGUGUGCGCAAGAAGAAGCCGAAGGGUGGAAAGAAGGGCGGACAGCAUCGUCACGUAGAGCAGUCGCCCGAACAGGAGCAGCAGGAUCAGCAGCCGCAACAACAGCAAGCACAACCACAACCCAGUCAGCAGCCACCCAUCGAAGACGUUGAUUACCAUCCUGGUGCCGCUCAGGAAGCUAAUGCGUACGACCCUAGCAACUAUGUCCCACCCCCCAUUAUCGCUGCCGAUGGGCCGGGCCCGAGUAGGCAACCGCAGACACAAGCGCCUCAGCCAGCACAAUUUCAGCCACCCUAUGGAACAGUUCUGAUACCUUUUCCUGCAUCGCCGUACAGGUUCGACCCCGCUUUUUCCUUUCCGCCUCAACCUAUGCGACCGCAUCCGCUCUUCCCGGACGAGCAGGUCGACCUGGAUGAGCAUGGAAACGUCAUCUGGGCGAGCAUGUGGCGUAAGGAGCUGACGAAUUUGAUGCAGUUCACGGACCAGCAGGAGAAGCAGGGUGCGGACCAGGAGUGGUUCAGGAACAUGCUCGCGCGAGUGCGAACGGCGAUGAUGGCACCUCAGGUUGCCCCUGAAGCCAUGCCUCAGCCCGCGCACGGCAUGCCUGGCGCGCCUCCGAGUACUGGCGAGACUGCAUGACCGCCGGUAGUUAGUGCGAUGAAUCCGUGGUGUGUUCUCUUUCUAUUGUUGUCUGAUGCACGUUGGCUCGAUGUGGGUCACACUCUCGAUGGACCUGCCAACUUUACCAGCUGCCAUGACUGUUCUUUAGUAACAUGUCCUCAUAUUUUGCUCUCCGUCUUAUCAUCUUUCUCGCUGUUUUAUCCAUGCGUAACCUCUACCUCUUUACUCUCUAGUACUCUUAUUACCUCUGUACAUGCGUAGUACUGAGCGUUAUCAAGAACCUGCUUAUU